UUCCUGUGCUGUGAUAACACUCAAACACUGAAGGAUUUGUGUAGUUGGAUGUGGACACCUGCAGAGCUGAUAUGAAGACAGUACUACUCUUGCUGGUUUUAUAUACCUGUACCACUUGGAGCAAAAAAGGGACUUCUCAGAAAUCUACAAAUGGACGUGUAAAUUAUUGUGAGGAAAAAAGAAUAUGUGGUAACGCUCGAUGCCACCUUCAAGAUAACGGUUACCUCUGCAUCUGCACUAAAGAAAAGAAGGCUUCGGACAAACCCUGCAUAGAGAUAAACUGCCCUUUAGACAAGGAUACCACAACCACAAAGGAACUCUCUCAGAGUCUGACUAAGAAAGGAAUAAAUAAGAAAAGAGAUGAUGAGUUCCUUAGUUCUAUCCAUAAUUUGACCUCCAAAAUCAAUGAAAAUUGCAACAAAUAUAAGAAGAAUGAUUCCAGUGAAAUGUUACUGCCGAACGUGUUUGUUGAAAUCAACCAUAUCACAAACAACAGCCAGUGGGAGGAAAUAGAGGAGGAUUCACGCAGGAAAGCUGCCUACCUUCUGAUGGAUUCUCUGGAGAGUGCCAUAGAGGUGGCUGUGGUAAACAUGGACACGGAGAGAUACAACUUAGCAAUGGAUAGUCUAGAUCUUCAAGUCCAAGUUCUUGAAAAGAAAGGUGUCAGUGUCAAUGGAACAGUGACAUUAUUGGCUAAACAAAAUCAGAUGGAGUUCCACUGGGAAACAAAAAAGUCAAAAUAUCAUUCUGAUUUUGCAGCUAUUUCCUUCAUCGCCUGCACAAACAUGGGAAAACUUCUGGAUGUGAAAGAGCUGGAAAUGGAGAAUAAGAAGUUUGGGAAGGAGCAUUUGGAGCUGAAUUCAAACCUGCUGAUGGCCAUAAUGACCAGAUCCAAGCAGGAUCUUCAAAACGUCACAUUUACCAUCAAAAACAAAGAGGAAGAUGAUGUUGAUGAUUACUCAGUCUGUGUCUUCUUGCGUGAAACAAGGGAGAGGAUUUUCUGGUCCACCACUGGAUGUAGAAAGGUGUUCUUCAAUCUUUCCCACACCAUCUGUAACUGCAGACACCUGAGUAACUUUGCAGUGCUGGUGGCCCUGUACAAGGUGGAGAGUCCUGCUCUAACCAUCAUUACUUACGUUGGUGUCAGUAUCUCACUGGUGGCAUUGCUGGCUGCCAUCAUCACAUUCAUCAUGUGCCGGACCAUCCAGAGCCCACGGACCAGUAUCCACACCCACCUGUGUCUCUGUCUGUUCCUGGCAGAACUGCUCUUCCUCAUCGGGAUAUCCAAACCCGAAAGCAAGGCAGUGUGUGGUGCCAUCGCAGGGGUCCUUCAUUACCUCUUCCUGGCGUGUUUCAUGUGGAUGCUUCUGGAAGGAUUUCAGCUUUACCUGAUGGUGGUGAAGGUGUUUCAGGCCCAGAGUCUUCGAGGGAAAUACACCUACCCCUUUGCCUAUGGCAUUCCAGCUCUAAUCGUCAUCGUGUCCACAGCAGUGUACCCAGAGGGCUACGGCACCAGAGAACACUGCUGGCUGACAAUGGAGAAGGGGUUUCGCUGGAGUUUUGUGGCUCCUGUGUGUAUCAUCUGCCUGGUAAAUCUUGUUUUCCUUGUUGUGACGAUAUGGAAACUGAUUCAGAAGUUCAACUCCAUCAGUCCAGAUCUAACAUACUUACAGAAAAUCAGAUUGUUCAUCAUAACUGCGAUUGCUCAAUUGACUGUGCUGGGUUGUUCGUGGAUAUUUGGAGUAUUCCAUUUCCAGAGAAGAACCAUUGCACUGGCUUAUAUAUUCACUAUCCUCAUUAGCUUCCAGGGAACGUUCAUCUUCAUCCUGCACUGUGUUAACAACAAGCAGGUGAGAAACGAAUACCGCCAGUGGAUCGCAAACUUCUGCAACUUCCUGAAGAUAUCAAAAUACUCAGUCUUCAGUGAAUCGACCCGCCCUUCCUCUUCCUCCCAAGUUGGCAACUCUGCCACCUCUAUGUGACACAUUUAUCACUGUACUGAUCUUUGUGCACUUGUGGGAGUCAGUCACUGAUGAAAUAUAUCCUCAAGCUCCUUCAAGUGAAUUUGUUACAUUAUACCCCAGUAGUUUAUAGUAAAAAAUAAUUAGGUAAAAUCUAUUUUGUAAUGACAUCAGCUUGGACUGCUACAUUCAUUCACUAUUCAUUGACCAGACAGGAAAUUUGUUUUAAUCCAUUGCUACAUCCAGGUUUCCAUUAUCAACAGCUUUUGGUUUGUGAUUUCUCAGGAAUGAACUGGCAAAGACUUAAACACCUUGCUGCUUCUUCAUCUGUAACCUGUGGACUCAGCACCCUGUUUGCCAUCUGUCUGCUUGCCUGCACCCCAAACCCUUCACCCUGCUGUUUGCCUGACACCCACACACAACAAAAACUAAGCAAUAUUAGUCUUAGGAGCUCCAAUAACCUUGGGAUCUGCAGCCUUCUGGGGAAGAGAACUGUAGGUAUCCCCUGUCCCGUCCUCUGAGAAGUUCUUUUGAUUUCAGUCUGAAGUGGCCGAGAAAUAAUUUUAAGAAUCUCUUGCCUUAUUAUAGGUCCCAUCCUCUAGAACUCUAAACAUGGGAUUUGUUUCUGCCCAAGUCAUCUUGAGCUCUUAAAUUAGAUCAGCUCUUCAUAUUCUGUAAUCAAGGAAAAAAGCCUUGGUGAUUGAUGAGGUAACACUGCGCUCUGCCUCUUCAAGGUCAAUGUACCCAUCCCGGGUGGUGGUGCCCACAAAUAAACAUUUCCAGUCUCUUAGAAUUGUUACCGAAGAGAAGGAGGUCAAAGGGACCAUCAAAUCUGUAGUUGCAAUCUUGUCAGUCUCAUCCGCCUGUUCUUUCCAUUUAGCUCUGAAAAUUAUUCUCUGUCAAAACAGGACUUUUAAUUUGGUGGAAUUUGAGACUAGCUCUAACAACGGAUCUCCGCACCUGUUACAUUCCUCACCCUGUUACAGAGACAGGCAUCCAGCAGUGUAGGGACCAACUUACUGAAAUAGCAGCCAGAGUUCUGGACCAUUGAUCCAGAGACAGGAGCUCGAUUCCCACCACUGCCACAGCAAUGAGCGAAUUUAAGAUCAAAUGAUUCAAUAAUUAUGGGAUUAGGAUCAUGAUCUCAGUAAUGAUAAUGAUAGACCUGCCAGACUAUUACAAAAACCCAUCUGAUUCACUAAUGUCCUAUAUUCUGGUCAACGCACAUAUGACUCCGUGUCCACCGAUGUGUGUGUGUAACUGCUCUUCAAUUACAGAGUAAUAAAUGCUGGUAUUGCCGGUGACGUCUGCAUUGUGAAUAGGUAAAAGUCUUGAAGGAGUGCCACUGGCUUGAGCAUUAACUGUUUCUCUCUCCAUGGAUACUGCCUGAACAGCUCAGCAUUCACAAGCCUUUCUGCUUCCUUUUCAGACCCCAGCGUUUUCAGAACUUUGCUUUUGCCUCUUCCCUUUCAAUUCCCUAGAUAUCAUGCUGCUACCUCUCUGUAACUAGUUCCUCCUGUUUUCACGCAAACUUGUCAGUGAUAAAUCUCCGUAGCAUCAGUUGUUUAGAUCGCUGUAAUUUUUCAAUGUUGCCAUCAAUUUGAUCAGUCUUACUUCAGUGCUUUUGAUAUUACCAGCAAAAUGUAUCCAAUUAAAUAAAUUGCCUUUCACAUCUUAUAAAAACAUUGUA